AUGAGUCGGAGAGGAGAUGAAGAAUACGAUUAUCUGUUCAAAGUUGUACUCAUCGGCGAUUCCGGCGUCGGUAAAUCCAAUCUACUUUCCCGAUUCACUCGCAAUGAGUUUUGUCUCGAAUCCAAAUCCACCAUCGGCGUCGAAUUCGCCACACGCACACUUCAGGUUGAGGGAAGAACCGUGAAAUCUCAGAUAUGGGAUACUGCCGGACAGGAACGUUACAGGGCCAUUACCAGUGCCUACUAUCGCGGUGCACUCGGAGCUCUUCUCGUCUAUGAUGUCACCAAACCUACUACUUUUGACAAUGUCACCAGAUGGCUGAAGGAACUUCGGGAUCAUGCUGAUGCUAACAUUGUUAUCAUGUUGAUCGGCAAUAAAACCGAUCUCAAGCAUCUCCGUGCUGUUAACACAGAAGAUGCUCAGAGUUAUGCUGAGAGGGAAGGUCUUUCUUUUAUCGAGACGUCUGCGCUUGAAGCCACCAAUGUCGAGAAGGCUUUCCAGACGAUUCUCGGGGAGAUAUACCGUAUAAUCAGCAAGAAGUCGCUGUCAUCUUCCAAUGAUUCCGCCGGAGGUUCCAAUAUUAAAGAAGGUAAGACCAUUACCAUUGAAGGAUCCGAAAACGCCGGUACAAACAAACCCUGUUGUACAUCUUGA